UCCACGAGUAAUCGGUCGUAAGAGAAACCAUAUAUGUUGACAUUUAAAUACAUAUAUUAACAGUCUUUAUUACUGAAUAGUAUUUUAUAAUGAUAUAAUAAAAGCAAUAUAAAAGUUAGGAAGUAGUGAUAUAUAAGAUGAGUUUAGUAUUACAAUUUAUGGUUAUUUUCGGAAGCUAUUCCUACUGCCUAGGUGUGUGCACUUUUCCUAGCGAUUUGACUGGUGAAUGGUACAGCACAAGCUUUGGGACACUCAAUUUUAUAAAUAACCAAACAUUUACAGGUUUUACAUCGGAUCUGUCUGCAACACCAUUAACAUUCACCUGUUUUGAUUCAUCAGGAUCCCAAUAUGUGUCCAUGACAUCCUACAACUUGUUGGCGAAUAUUGUUGUAGAUGUUUAUCUAUGUAUGAAUUUGCAGCAAAUCUCAUCAAUCAAAUACUACUUUACUUUGGAUAGCAAUCUAGAUUCUGGGUCCGGUGUGAGAUUUUACUCUCCAGCUGCUUCAGGUGACACUGUGAGUCUGUCACAAGCAUGUAGUCGUAGCGAUUCCCGCACUGCCGGAGAGUAUGAGCUUCUGAUCAAGCAAGACGAGGUGAUGAAUGCAUUGACAUCAUGUCCCAGUGAUCUACAAUCAACAUUUAAUGUCACCAUGACAACUAGGAGUGUAACCGAGUGUAAAGGAUCACAAAUGGAGGGAUCAAGUGGUGCUCUCGUGUUUAAUUACUCAGCUUGUGUAACUGGCCACCUUAAUAGUGGAGGCUAUUUACAGUGUAUCUACAGUAAAACAGACGGAUACAAUUAUGUUACACUGUAUAAUAAUGAUACCAACACGGACGAGACUUCUACAUUUUUGUUCUCUUGUUUUACAUUUGAAAAGGAUGCAGAAACACUAAGAGUUACUGAGAAUCCCCAGAGUUGUCAUUUUUCUCAGACGCCAUCUACCGUAAAUUCAACGGGAGUCACAUAUGUUAUGAUUGAUCUGUUGUAUACACCACCAGAAGAAAGGGAUUACACUACAAUAAUCAUAGUUGUUUGUGUUGUAAUAGGCAUUAUUAUCAUCAUCAUUAUAGUAGUGGUUAUUUUAUACAUAAAAGUGUGGAGAAAACCUUCGCCAGUACCUCCUCCUAAGAUUCGGAAGAGAAAGAAACAACUUUCCAUAACUGAAUAUACUCCACGAUCGCUUGGAAGAGCAUCGUCUGUUGAAAAGUUAGAUAAGGGCGAUAUCAAAAAGAAAAGUACUGAGGAAAUUAUAUCAGGACUUCAUAAAGAGGAGAAAGAUAAAAUCGUUAUAGUGAAUGGACAGACUUACGUUCCUCCAAAGAAAGAAGCAUGGCAGAAGAAGUGGGAAACCGAUCAAUGUGAAACUUCUCCCAGACUGACACAAGAAAUGUUAAAGCGAAUGCGACAGUCUUUCCCAAGUGAUAGUGGAAUUUCUCGUUUUGAUGAAUUAUCCGAUUUAGACAAAGCUUAUACUCUAUCAACAUCCUUACCUGAGAGCAUAGAUAUUCCAUUCAAGGACAGUCCUCGAAUAUUUAACAAACUGGAUAAAAUGGAAGAACAAUCAGGAAGCCCCGUUACACCAAAGUAUACUGAAAAGUCACACGCCACACCAAGUAUUCCUGCAAGCACAGGAAAAUUUGGAGGCUCUCCUAGAAUGAGGUCAAUUGAGUCAAUACCAAUGCCUGGUAAUGAAUCUAAAUUAGACACAAUUAAAGAAAAUCCACUGUCUAGAGAAAAUACCUUAUUGUCACAUAAAGGUAGAGUUAGCCCAUCUAAAAAGCCAAAGGAACAUCCAAAUCAAACCCGAAUUUUGAGCGGUGGUGACGUUACAGCCCUGUCAACAGUUUUUACAUCUCACAGUACCGCAUCGGUAGGUGAUAUUCGCUUUCAGGGCUCUUUGCAAAACACAAGUAGUAGAAAUAGUUAUUUAAGUGCAUCUAAUGCAAGCAUUUUUGACGACCCUGCUUGGCUAAUGGAGAACAAGAAAUCACCGAAAGGAGAUGAUGCUUUUCUAGUCAUAAAGAAUCUGAUUGCUUCUAUUCCAAAAGAAAGGGAAAAAGAAAGGGACCCAAAAUGGUUCACAAAAACACCAAAGAUUCCUGAUAGUUCAAGAGAAGACAUGGAGUAUUUCAAAAAUAGAAAUAAAUUCUAUGUAGGAUUGAACGGUGUAGGAAAAGGAAGUUCUAGUAGUUUAGACAUUAUUGAACGUGAAAAGAUGAAAAGAAAACCAAAGACCAGUAAAAGAGAUAAGCCACAGUUAGUUCGCCCAACGUCACCACAUUUUGAAGAUGGAUGGCAGUACAAAUGGGAGGCAGUCAUGCGGCCGAAGUUAACUAUGUCCACAAUAAAACUAAACAUUCAAAGAUCGCAGACGCCUGUUAAAUUAUUUCAAAAUAUAAUUAUGGAAGAACCCAGCUGCAAAGCAAAUGAAAAUAAAGUGACUAUCGAGCAGGAAAAUGAACUUGUAUCAUCUAAAAGUCUAAGUGAAACAAAUAGCGUUGAUAGAUUUGAUGAUGUGGGGAACUCGGUGAAUUGUUCAUACAUCAAUGUUGAUGAUUUGAGAAAACAAAUUGAUAUUGCGCCACUUAAGGUUGAUUAUAAGGACGAAUUUACUUCUGAAAAUAAAAAAGAUUGUGACUCUUUGUUGAAAGUCAAGCCCUCUAAUAUUUUUGAAAGUAUAUUAACAAAUAAGAGAAAAGUUGCACCUGUUGACGAUAGAGUCCAGCAGCUUCAAAUUCUUUCGUGCGCACAAUCUUCUAUGGACAAUACUUCUGUAAACAUCUUAAAUAAUGAGAAGGGUGAAUCAACAGCAAGCAUCACAAAUGAUAAUAAACACUUAAUAUGUAAUGACAUACUGCAUAAUACAGAUGAUAAUGAUGUGUCCAUCUCAAUGACUGAUUAUUGCAAUGACUAUACAGAUUUUAAGUCUGAAACAACUAAGAGUGAAAGUGUAAAAACGUUAGAACAUGUUGAGUAUGACAUUAUAAGCUUACAUACAGAACUAUUCUUUCCAGAAGAUUGGCUGUACGAUAAUGAUUCGGAAUUAGAUAAACUAUGGAAGAAAGGAACUAAAUGGACAUCAAGCAAGAGAAAAAGAGAAUAUAAAAGUUAUGUUGAAGUUAAUGAUGAUAUGGUUCAGAAAAAAGAAAUCAGUCCUUUAAUGGUAGACAGAAUGGGUGCAAAAUUCAGUAGGAAGAAAAAGCCUGCAGAAAAGCAGAAACGUCCACGAAAAUACGGAAAAGUGAAUGACUACUUACUUGAACCCAUACGAAAAAGACCAAGAACAUCUCAAAGUUUAAGAGAUGCGAAGUUUAUAGCAACUCUUGGACAGCAAGGUAGAAGUGUUACAAUGGCUGACCUGAACAAGGAACCAACGGAAACUACUGUAAUUAACAAACCGAUUCCUAGAUGGCAAAGCAAAUGGGAAAUAGAUAUGAGACCUGAUCCAAGUAAAGAAUAUUUGAAUCCUUUACGUACUUGGAAGAGCAUGCCCUUACCGACUUCUGAAAGGGCAAGUGCAACAAGUAAAGUAUCAUCUGGCAAACGGCCAUCAAACAGCAGAAAAAGUAAAAGAGGUCGAUCUCGAGAAAGGCGUGGUACGUAUGGAAGAACUUCUGGUGCAAUGCCAUCUGUAGAAGAACCGGAUAAAUUCGAUGUUCAAAGUAUUGCCUCGUUUAAAGUCGAUGAGCGUAAAAUGUUACAUAAAUCAUAUGACAGAACCCAGAUAGCUUUGAAUCUUACAGCACAACUUUGGCACUACGAACCAAAGAAGCAGAACAAAGCAUGGUUCCUAGGACCUGAUAACCAACAUAAAAAUCAACAAGAGCACACUGUUAGUUUUGAAAAUAUGCCCAGGCAGAGUAAACCUUUCACAACUUUCGUCAAUUUAGUUCGUUCAGCGGCUACACCUAUUUCAGACACUUGUGUACUACCAAGUGACCUGAGCGGAGCUUGGUACAGCAGUACCAAGGGCUCCAUCACUUUUACAACAACAUCAGGCGUUAGUACUAUACCAUCCUACAAAACGAGCAAAUUUGGAAGUCUGUCUUUAUCAUGUUAUGUUUCUGAAGGGGAUAAAUAUGUCUUCAAAUCCUCUACUUUCACUUACUAUGGUCUUGAAUUUGAAGUGUUCACAUGUAUACAGAUAUCUGAGAGAAAAUCUGACAGUUUUUACAUAUAUUAUCUAGGCUCAGUGGAAAACACAGAUGCUAACAAUGAAAGACUUAAGUCAGCAUUGGUGACUUCAGCUACAACACCAACUGUUGCCACAGUAUGUGAUAGGACAACCUAUGCAACCGGAUCAGAAAAUAUUUUUCUAAAAAACGAUGGAAAUGAACUGAAUUCUAUGAUACAAUUUCCGUUUGAUAUUCGCGGAGAAUGGUCAUACAACCACACGAGCAGCGGGACGACUUCCUGUACAACCGGAAGUUAUGUCGAUAUAUGUCAAGGCGGUGACGCCACAUCGAUGACGUAUAACUACACUGCUUGUUCAACGAUACAAGCAUAUUCAGCAACCGGUGUUUUGAAGUGCAUUCACUACACAAGUGACACCGAUUUUACAUAUAUGUAUGUGUACAAUACUGAUACAUCAACAGAUGAAAGCACGACGUACAGAUUUACUUGUUAUGUCUAUUCAAAAUCGGACACAAUAGCGUAUGCCACUCAGUACCCACAGGAAUGCGCGUCUACCCAGAAUACAACAUCUGUCUCAUCCCCUGGGGCAGUCCUUGUCUUCUCACGGACAGCUUCGUGUCCUUACGAUACUUCGUCGAACGUUCUUUCAAUGGCAUCGGCUGCUGGACUUGCAGUAGGAUUGAUUCUUCUUAUAAUCAUAAUUGUUUGUGCAGCAUUGAUUUGGCAUUAUUAUAAAAAGAGAAAGCAACAAGAAAUCGACAAAAUGCCCUUACAGAAAACACAGCCAGCAAAUAAAAGACUUGUCAAUGGAGAUUUAUAUAGAGAUGGUAAAAUUGCUGGCUCUAAAACUCCACGUGCCAUGAACGGAGAUGCUAGAUUGAAUAUGGAAGAUGAAAUGGGCAUCCGCAGAGAAAAUUCCAUUCAUAUAUCAAUGACGUCACGAGGUGGAAGUGGCUUAGGUGGUCUUGAUGGCAUUGAACGAAGGAGUGGAGUUGCGCCUGUUGAGGAACCCGAGGUAAAUUAUAUAUCUGAUGACGUAAUUAUUGAAAGCGAAAACGAAGCUACACUUGCAUCAACGUUUCUUCCAAUAUCUACAGACGAGAAAAAUGAGCUUCAUUUCACGGAUGAAGAAAUUAAAGCUAUUGAACGAAAAAGCGCAGAAAAUAAAAAAGAAGAUAAAGAUAGCGGUUUUGACAUGGAUGAUAUUGAUGACGAGUUGGGCCUUCCGAGAUUAUCAAGGGCUUUCACACCUGUAAUUCAACCAGAAGAGGCAACUUUACCAAGCAUAGCAUAUAAAAAAAAGAUAGAAACUGAAACAGAAUCUGAUGACGAGAAACGAGCAGACGGUAUCAAGAAAGUUAAGCUGAAAAAGCACAAAAAGAAGAAGCGUGUCAGGUCAGCAAAAGAGAAUAUAAAGGGUGCUCGAGUAAACUCCGGUACUAAGAGCCGAACCAUUAGUAUGAGAGAAACUCCAUUUUUAGAACGGAUAAAAAAACAAGAAUCAGAAAAUGCAGAAAAAGAGCAUAGGGAAAAAUUAGAAAGAGAAAUGAAAGAGAUUGAAAAUGAGGUCAUAAAAGCAAGGCUCGCAAAGAACGCCAAGACCGCACGGACCGCACCCAGUGAUAAAUACAUGGUGGACAGAAAAGGAAGUGAAAGCAUUCAACGACCAGAUAAAGGAUCUUCAGGUACAUCGGCGACAGGAGAGCGCCGCCGUUUUGGAGACCCCCCAUCCGAAAAUACCCGAAAGAACCGUAAAAGAACACCAAGGAUCCGACAUCCUAUGGAAGUACAAGGAGAUAGUGAAGAAGUUCAAGACCAAAAAGAAGCAUUCAAAAAAGCCGAAGAGUUCUGGAAAGACGAAAAAAGGGCGAGAAGCGGCCGGCGGAGAGAACAUCCUGAAGCAUUCACAAUCCCCUCAGUUAAGGAGGACCCAUUCGACCACAAGGACGACAAGCCUCAUGGAACAUCCGCUGUCUCUCAAGCCAGAAGUGGAAAGUCUGCCUAUGGUUUAAGAAUGGAGCGAGAAAACUCGGCUUUUAUUGAUCCAGUUAAAGACGCUGCACACGAUGAUAACCUUUGGCAACGAGCUUCAAAUUUAUGGCACCAUGGCAACAGUUUUAGGAAUACUUAUAAUAAUUUGGCACAUCAUUGAUUUUCUACUGCACGCACUUUUUUCGUCUGACGUUUAAGUGAGAAUAAUUCUAUUUCUUUCAAUAUCUCAUCUUCUUGUAACAUGUAUUUGAAUGACACUGUCUUCUUUAACUGGCCCGAACAUUUUUGAAAAUGCUACUUCUAUUCUAUCAAAAGCAUUUGUUUGUAUUAAUUGUUACAAUAAAUUUCAUUUAAGUAGAAAGUAUCUAUUUUCUUUAAAUGUGUUGUAAAAGCUACAAGAAAGCUAGUGUCAGUCGUUAUUUCAACUGUCUUAAUUGCAGUAUAAAUACAUUCAAAUAAUGAAUUCUACAUGUUAUAUGAUUUAGAUUUUUGUUUUGCUUUAUGAUAUAUGUGUAUUUAACAAAUAGAAUUCACAUUUAUUGAUAAUUGAUAUCAGAAGGUAUAUUAGCCAAUUAUUUUAUUUUUUCAAUUGGAAAGAAUAACGGUAUUACAUGUAAUGAUUUUGAUGUUUGACUGCGUUUGCCAAUAAAAUGUUUCGUUUUAGCCAAAUAUUUUUGAUGUUGUUUAUGUAUCAAUGUUUCGUGUUAUCUCCUUAUCAGUUUAGAUACAUCUAAAUAAAGCAUUUGGACAU